AUUAUUACAUACCCUAUAGCUUAGGCCGACAUGGUGUAAUGUCUGCUAUAUAAGGAAAUUUUGACCCCCAUUGCCUAAAGGGGAUCGACCUGUCAACAGCCUGUCCAAUCAGCCCUCGCCUCCCCUUGGACGGUCGUCUCGAGAUACCUGCCUAUUAAUUACUUCAAAGCGCCAAGAACCCCGGUUCGUGGACUCUCCGCAUUCAAGAUGGCUUCCUACGGAGCAUGGCGUUGCAUCAUCAGGAGUGGGUUUGUGGGAGAAGCUGUAGAUCCGUUGCUAUAUAACACGAUACUUCCUCUGUAACCUACUCGGUCCUAGCUCUUUCAAAGGACUUUGCGUUCCAUUAGGUGAUUAAGGUUAACUACUUAGUUCUAUACUUGUCAUAGAUCGGAUAUUAACAUGCGUUUGUUGACGACGGCUUCGGUGGUGGCCGCCCUAGUGGGCCAGGUUCUAUCGCAGAAUCCCCCAACAUUCCCCUUCCCAAGCAGCUGCUCUGGCGUUGAUGCUCCCCGAUAUGCUUUCACUGUUGAUUCCGGCUGGCAGGUGACCAAGAUCGCCAGCGGUCUUCGUCAACCCCGAACUAUCAUCUUUGACCCCCUCGGCCACAUGCUAGUGUUGCAAGCCACCUCUGGUAUUUCAGUCCACACUUUCGGCCCGGAUGGUUGCAUCAACAGCACCAAGACCCUCUUCCAAAACUCGGGUCUCAACCACGGUCUUAGCUUGACACCUGAUGGCAAGACCCUCUACGCCAGUUCCCAGACGACAGCCUGGUCGUGGACAUACGAUGCUGCCGCCUUGACGCUUACGAACCAGAAGACCGUGGUUAGCGGCAUUGGCCAGGGUAUUCACUCGACCCGAACCACCCUCGUCUCCCCCAAGAACCCGAACCUGAUCAUCGUCUCCGUCGGCGCCGCUUCGAACUGGGAUAACCCAACUAUCGACCCGAGCGUCGGCCGUGCCAUCGUUAAGGUCUUUGACGUGAGCAAGGCGCCUGCCAACGGCUACCAAUUCAACAGCCAAGGUACCGUGCUAGGCUACGGUCUACGUAACGAAGUUGCCCUUGCUUUCGACCCCAACGGCCACGUAUGGGGUGCCGAGAAUAGCGGAGACGACUUCAGGAGAACCGUUAACGGCCAGUCGUCGGACAUUCACAUCGACAACCCUGCUGAGGAGCUGAACUACCUCGGAGAUCCCGCCGCGCCCCUUGAGAACAACUGGUUCGGUUACCCGACCUGCUUCACCGUGUGGGAGCCGUCCAACUUCCGCGACAACACUGCUCUGAAGACCGGCUCGCAAUUCGUCGUAUCUCCCAACUCGACCUUCAACGACGCCUCGUGCGAGGGUAAGGCCAUCCCACCGCGUCUAUCGUUCCCGGCACACAUGGCGCCCAUCACCAACGCCUUCGACCCCGCCGGCGAGAACCUGUACAUCACGUUCCACGGCAGCUGGGACCGACAGCCCGCUCAGGGGUACUUCGUCGCCGAGGUCCCCUUCAAGAAGAACGCGGACGGCGGGUACGAGCCCGUAGCCGCGGCCGACAGCAAGACCGGCUACAAGAACAUCAUCGGCGCCCAGAACCCGGGCAGCUGCAACUCGCCCUCCCUGACCAUGAGCUCCUGCUGGCGUCUUGCCGGUCUGAGCUGGGACCAGGCCGGCGAGCGACUCUUCGUCAGCUCUGACAACCAGGCUUCGGGCGAGAUCUUCGUCCUGAGGAAGAAGGCCUAAGCAAAGUAGGUAGUCAGUCAGCCAAGUCGUAUAUGGUAAGGGGGUUCCUCUGGAGGAGACAAGAGUACGUUGGAAGUUGGCGGGUUCUCGUUAGACUUUCGAUCUCCUU